GUGUCGUGACGAAAUUACAUUUUUUUAGCCUUUUUUUUUCUAGUGCUCUACAAACUUUGAAAAAUGCUCCAAAAACGAAACAUAUUCAGAAAAAAAGUCUAAUAUAAAAGUUGUGGAGCAUGAAAAGAGCUUUCGAAUCAUCUCUUUACUUUCACUCAAAAAUGCUUAAAUGAAAAGAAAUAAGCGAAAUGGCUCCGUGACGCAGUUACAUCAUUUUUUUGCUUUCUUUUGCGGUGGGUUUUAUCGUUAUAUUUCUACCGGUAAAAAAGACCUCUAUAAACUUGAUCUGCACGGAGCCUUAUGCAAUCGAGUGCCCUCUAUCAAACUAUGCAAAAAAGAACGGUGGGAGAAAUGUUUUUGAUUUUCGUAGAAUUGCUCCAAAAAAAGUACCAUUUCGAAUUCGGCAAAAAGUCGGCAAAGACCAGUAAAAACUUGUUUAAUGUGCAAAAUGCGUUUUUUAAGAUUGUUUCGACAAAGUCAAUAGUGCAUUUUGUAGAGAAUUUAAUUCUUUAUCCACUGAUAUACUUUCUGAAACUUUUUAAAAACUAAGUAGGUCAGAAAAUUGAAAUAAAAAAACUUCUAAAUUUUAAAUUUGAAUUUUCGAUUUAAAAAUUUGAGUUUCGUUCGUUUUAAAGUUGAUAUACGUAAUCAGCGCAAAAAGCUAAUGAUAUUCUUUUAAGGUUGGUUUGAGAGAAAAAAUAUCGCUCAACCCACCGCAGCUGAGGGUGACAGUUACGCGUUUUAGCCGAAUACAGCUUCUCUGGCUAGUUCGUGUAGCUGUCCGGAAAAUGAGUACGUGGUUUGUUAGCGUCUACGAAGAGCUGAAUGGGCGAAGGAACUCUGUAUCAGACUAGCCAUCUGUCCAGAGCUGUGGUCGAUGACUAGUAAAGAGAUGGGUGACCAUGUCAAAAGCUUGUCAACUGCAGGGAAGAUAUCGAGCUAUUGAAAGUGACAUUUGGUAGGACUCGACACCGGUAACGAGAGCCACAAGGCGGAUUGUUCUUCUUCAAUGUCACUCUGUAAUGGAACAUUUUACAAUUAGUACCCAACUAGAGUCUUCAUCUGAAACAUGAAUUAUAAAGAUGUUUAUUUUUCAAUGUUUCAGCAACUUCAACUAUCAUUACGACCGAGCCAUAUCGUAAGCAUUUAACUAUUAUUUUUUUAUACGUAUUAAAAAUGUAAUAUGAUAUUUAGUAGCUUUUCUAAUACUAGUAGUAAGAGCAACAGAUCCAGUGAGAUUAUGAUUUUUUUCUUGUAUCUUGGUACCAAUAAUUCAUAAUGCAUCAGAAAUAUUUUGACAACAAUCUUUGACUUUAAAAGUAAGUUCGAGUUGGAGAAAAUAUUUUUCACAUCUGUAUUAAUAAGGAAACAGUAAUAGACUAGAACUUGUUUCCAGAUGUGUAGGACGCAUAAAUAUGAGGUUUCUUCAACAAUAUUUUUUGCAUUAUUGCGGUACUGUUUUUAUCGUGAAAAAAAUAAUCACUAUGCCAUAACACGAUCUUUAUCAUAAAAAUAGAUGGAAGUACAGUAGUAUUACGCUACAUUAUGGUGCUCACUAUUUUCGCGAUAAAAACGAGCAAAUUGCUAUUGCGUAUAAACGCAAUAAAAGACAUAUUGCGGUCUAUCCCUAUAGACCCUAUUAUCGUUGAGCCUUCGUACGAAAUUUAAUAAUUUCUCCUCUUUUGUGUUCGUUGUUUCAGUUAUUUUUCGCAUUUUGGAACUUUCAGACCUCCUAGGUGAACUGAAAGACUCACAUAACAGGCUGACGCCAAUUUCUCAUAAGCAACCCCGUAGACUGACAAUUUUCCGCCAAGAUCUAUGAAGACAGUAGAGAAAAAGAGUAUUAACAUACGAUACUAUGAGAACCUGAAAGUAUUCUGCUUUUGCGAUUUGUCCCUACUUUGCACAGAACUUUCGAGAGUAGUAAACAGUAGUUUAGAACACUUAUUAUUUAACAAAAGUUAUUUAAACUUUUUAACGCUCUGAUAAUGUGACCAUCAUUAAAAAGUAUCCUGAUACAUGAUGAUUAGCUGAUCUUGCUUUUGUUUCUUUUCUUCUAAAUCCAGAUUUUGCAACAUUCAAUUCACAAAGGAAUUAGGGUUCUUACGCAUCCAGUAUGCUAAUAUAAGAAAUAAAUCAUUGUUACACGUAACAUUGAUUUUCCCUUCGCAUUAUUCCUCUGAUAUAGUCAGAAUGUUGAACUAUUAUUGUGAUUUGUCAUUAUUGUGACAUAGAAAAAAACCUCAUUGAUAUUUCUUGUAUAUACUCGAACCGUGUGUGGAAUUUCCUCUUCUUAACUGUUGUAGGGUGUAGGAACAGUCACAUCACUCUUUACCACAAACAACCUUACCAAGUAGUAUGUAUCCAUUUUUGCGCAGUAAUGCAGUGACAGUCAAUUUGUCUACCGUUAUUUUUAGCGUAUAUAUUAUGACAUUACAAGAAGUGAUGGUACAAUACACACAGUGAAAAAAUGUGGAUGGACGGGCUCUUGUAAGUGGGGUUUUGCCGGUGGUUUAGGAUUUAGAGCUUGUACUACCUAUACAGUUCCCUCAAGUCAUAUCGCGUUGAAUGUGACAAUGCAGUUUCUAACACCCACGGCAUGGUAUUCAUUUUGGGAUUGGACUUGGAACGAUCUUAUUAUUAAACAAUAUAUUCGAUAUAAUAGUUCACAUCCCUUGUGUGUAUGCUAUGAAACAUUUGGCAUUGUGUAUAAUGCCCGUGCUCAGAAAGUACAUUGUGAAGAUGUACCAUGUGCUCGCAGCAUUUAG